AUGAUCGAUAACGACGACAAAAUCAUUGACAUUGAUAGCGACUGCGACAUUGUCGGAGAAAAACCGCCCGACACCAUAGUUCUUAGCGCCAGCGACGCUGACAGCGCCGAUGAUUCCGAUCCCGACGCCAUGGACGACAUGGAUGCGUGUGCCGCUGAAAACGAACCCAGCAAGGCUACUUCACAACUGACGCAGCUGCUGUUGUACCCUAAAGCAGACGAGUACGAAAAACUUGCGCUGAGGCUCAUGAAACCACUUCCAGAAUAUCCCGUAGUGGGCGAGGCUCAUUACACGUGGACCAUCUCCGACUGGAGCUCAGUACGCCGUGAAGAUAAAGUACGCAGCGGCCGUUUUGAAUGCGGUGGCUUUCUGUGGAAUAUGCUCUUGUUUCCGAGAGGAAACAAUGAUACAGUGUCACUUUACAUGGAACCGCAUCCGUCCGAGUCUCAUGGACCCAACUGGUAUGUGUGCGCACAGUUUGCGUUGGACAUGUGGAAUCCAGAACAUCCAGAAUCCCAUUACCCGUCAAGUUCGAGCCACAGAUUCAACAAGAACGAAACGGACUGGGGUUUUUCGGCCUUCAUCACAGGCCGCGAUCUUGCAAACCCCGCAAAGUGCAAUCAGCCCCAUGCGAUUCUCGAAAACAACACAUUAAAUAUCACGGGCUAUGUACGUGUUAUUGACGACUCUGCUACAGGGGUAUUGUGGCACAAUUUCGUGGAAUACGAUUCUAAGGCGCACACGGGUUACGUGGGUUUGAACAAUCAGGGAGCUACAUGCUACCUCAAUUCGUUACUCCAAUCGUACUAUACCACACGAGUAUUUCGAGACUUGGUAUGCCAAAUUCCUACCGACGACGGUGCUGGCAGCAAAGCCGUUCCUUUGGCAUUGCAGCGUAUCUUUUACCUCAUGCAACUGUCCAAUGAACCGGUCGGAACGUUGGAACUUACUAAAUCAUUUGGCUGGGAUUCUUCAGACGCUUUUACACAGCACGAUGUCCAGGAACUCAACCGUGUUCUAAUGGACCGACUCGAGACAGCCAUGAAAGGCACGCCCAUUGAAAAGAAAUUGAACGAUGUUUUCGUCGGCAAGAUGAAACUGUACAUUAAGUGUGUCAAUGUGCCAUAUGAAUCUUCACGUGUGGAGGAAUUUUGGGAUAUUCAACUCAACGUGAAAGGGUUUCGCAAUUUACAACAGUCAUUCGAGAAUUACAUCGAAAUCGAAAUGCUUGAGGGAGAAAACAAAUAUCAGGCAGGCGAGGAAUACGGUUAUCAGGAUGCAAAGAAGGGUGUGGUAUUCGAGUCUUUCCCUCCUGUGUUGCAUUUACAAUUGAAACGGUUCGAGUAUGAUUUUAUGGUCGAUGAUCUCGUGAAAAUAGAUGAUUUAUACGAGUUUCCAGACAAAAUCGACCUCAGCCCAUAUUUGGAUACUGAUUUACCCCCGGCAGUGCGCAACCAGAACUGGAACUAUAAACUUCACGGUGUACUUGUACACCAGGGAAGCAUUUCCAACGGGCACUACUAUGCCAUGAUAAAACCAGAAGCCAACAGCCAAACGUGGCUCCGUUUUGAUGACGAUAAGGUGUGGAAGGUAACCCCAUCGCAAGUUUUCCAAGAAAACUUUGGUGCUCAGGAGUUGUCACCUAUACAGUUACGUCUGCUCACUCGCCUGGAGCGCAAUGAGUACUUGAUCCGGAGGGCAACUUCCGCAUACAUGUUAGUUUACUACCGUGAAUCGGAGAUGGAGUUUGUACUUCCUGAAAAGCUUGCUUCCAUCCCAGACCACGUAUCUGAACAAAUCAAUAGAGAGCGCGAGGAGCUUGCCAAUUGGGAGAAGAAGAAGCGUGAAGCCAUGUUCUACACAAAUGUCAAGCUCGCAACAGUUGACAACUUUGUAUGCUACAAUGGGUUUGACACAUACCCAGAUCCAGCGAAACCGAAGUUCUACGACCCGAACAUCUUUGACAAACGUGCAUACCCUCCAGUGCUCUCUGUGAAGAAGGAUAUGACGUUUGCCUCUUUAUACAAACUUGUGGCCCAGGAGUUAGGCUAUGAGAAGGAGAACGCUCUCGGUACAGAAGACGAUGCGAUCUCCAUUGAUGACGAUACUGACCUCUCCAAAUUUCCAUUCCGUUUGCUUACAGUCAAACAUCGCAACAAUAGAACAAGCAGACCCGACUCCGCUGUUCCUCCAGAGAUGUAUGAAUCAACCAUUAAUGACGUGUACACACAAUGCUUCAAACGCAAGUACGACGAGUUAGUGUUCUUUGUGGAAGAACUGCGGAAAGAGUUGAGCCAUAUCACCCCUCCUACAACAAAAACUGCUCCUGAAGUAUUUGAUUUUGAAGCAUUGGCCGAUCGUAUCGUUAGCAAUCAAGAUGCAAAACCUGCGCAUUUUGACGAUAGCGAUGUCAAGAUAUUCAUCAAGUAUUUCGAUCCCGUGUUGAAUGAAGUUCGUGGAGUCACUUAUGCUAGCGUACCUAAGGACACUGUGGUAUCAGAGUUGAUGGAGCCAAUCAAUAAUGUCCUCGGCUUCGAUGAACUGACACCUUUGGAAUUUUUCGAAGAAGUAUCACUGACUCGCAUAGAACCAGUCGAUUCAAGUGUCACGCUCGAGAAAAACGAACUAGGCACUGGAGACAUUUUGACCGUCCAGAUCGCCAACGUCGAGAGUAGCGCGGUGGAAAAGAAGUUCAGUAACGCUAGAGAUUACUAUGACUUCUUAUCGACAAGGUUCCAUAUUAUGGUAAAACCUUGCAAGGCAGGAGACGAUGAGGAAGACAGUAACUUUGUCGCUGACGAACAGACUCCAGAAACGGAGUCCACUAAUGGAGAAACUACGGAGGCACAAGAAAUCCAAUUGGCUAAAGAAAUGAGUAGAUCUUUUGAUAUGUGGGUAUCUACGUCAUACACUUACCAAGAAUUGGCGGAAGAAAUUGCUAUGAAACUUGGCAAUAAUGUUAACCCGGAGCACUUGCGUCUCUUUGUGCUCAACAACAGCGGCAGCCGACUUCCAUUGUCAUCAAAUUUGGUUUUGUCACAAAUUUUCAACAAGCAAGUGGCAGUGUCUACCACAAUUCAGUUUGAGUACGAAGUACUCAACAUCACAUUGGAAGAGUACGAGAACAUGAAAUCAGUCAAAAUUUACUGGCUCAAUACGAUUCUUCAAUUCCAUCUCCUUGACAUGCUUGUACCGAAAACGAGCACGGUUGCAGAUCUCAUUAAGAAAGUGAUCGAUAAGAUGGAUGUGCCUAAAGAACAUUGGAGCAAUUUACUUGUAUGGGCUGGCCAAGAAUACAAGUAUGCAGACCUCGUCAAGUUUGACCGAUCUAUUGAAGAUUUGAAUAGCCUGUACGAGUAUUAUUGCGGAUAUUUCCCGGCAGAAGUGGAAAUAUUGACUAGCCACGACAUGUUUAAAAGAUUCGACGAGAACUAUACAUCCGAGUCUGACAUUACAGAUGAGACUCUCCGGCUGGAGUUCCAAUUGGCCCAACGCUACUUGAAACUGUUGAAUAUUAUCCCAGUGUUCCAUUUCCACAAAUCGACAUCUUAUGUUCACAGCAAGCCCUUUGUGUUUGCAGUAUUUCCGGACGAGUUGUUUGAAGACACGAAGACUCGAUUGCGCAAAAAGUUGGGUCUUGGCAUCCAGGCGUUCGAGAAAAUCAAAAUCGCUCUCGCCGACAGCAAUGACAAGGGCCGGUACCUCGACAUGGACAAGGCAGACUUGAAUUUGCUCCAGGAGAUUCUGAAGUUUGACUCGCACGUGUCGCUUGCUUUGGACCACCCGGACCGUACUCCACGUAGGGUGAACCCAUACGAGCGUGGUAUCUCUAUCCGGUAG